AUGUACAACCGUAGAUUCAACACACCAAUACACGUGGCUGACCCAGAUGAGGUCGAACCAGAAGCUGGGCCUGCUUCUCCUUCUUCAGGUGACGACACUAAAACUGAAGCACCGUCACCCAAGAAAAGGAGUGAGAUGAAGAAGAGGGUGGUGACGAUACCGAUCGGUGACGUGGAUGGAUCUAAGAGCAAAGGAGAGACGUAUCCACCGUCUGAUUCAUGGGCCUGGAGAAAGUACGGCCAAAAGCCCAUCAAAGGCUCCCCUUACCCAAGGGGAUAUUACCGAUGCAGUAGUUCAAAGGGGUGUCCCGCAAGGAAGCAAGUUGAGCGAAGCCGUGUGGACCCCACAAAGCUCAUAGUCACCUACGCCAACGACCACAACCACUCCAUCCCCCUCCCAAAAUCCAAUUCCACCGCCGCCUCCUCGCCGGCCGAGUCUGCCGCUAGGUUCCCGCCGGAGGAGGAGAUGGCCGUGUUCGCAACUCACUCCGACUUUGAACUCGCCGGUGAUUCGGCGGUUCUGCUCAGCCACCACCACUUCCGGUGGUUCGAUGACGUGGCCUCUACGGGUGUCCUCGAGAGCCCAAUCUGUGGCGAGGUGGAUGACGUGGCGAUGCCGAUGAGGGAGGAGGAUGAGUCGCUCUUCGCCGAUCUAGAUGAGUUGCCGGAAUGUUCGGUGGUUUUCCGGCGGAGGAAUAUUCCGAGGAGCAGCGCGAUCCGGUGCGGCGGCAUCACAAGAUAA